AUCAGUCAUAAUAAACCUAUGCAGUCGGAAGCGGCUGUCUGCAUUUAUACCAGCAAAAAAAAAAAUCGGAAAAUGUGAUUAAGUGCUCAAUUAAAAGAAUUUUCCUUUUGUUUUAACUUCAAAGUUUUCUCGUUCAUAAAAUCAAUAUUGGAAGAAGGCAUGUCUAUCCGCUCGAGAAUCCUUACCGUCAAGUGGUUGUUAGCUAUCGUCGUAAUUUUGCACAUUACAUCUGGUAAAACUAAUCUAGAAAUGAGUAGAAAGUAUACCUAUGGUGAAAGCUUGAGUGACGAUGAACAAGACGUAGAAACUAUUCGAUGUCAAUUGAAAAGUAUGUGUGAAGCAUACUGUUUUCAACAAAACAAAUCUUCAGCCGUAGAUGGAAACACACUAAAUGAUACUAGGUGCGCUACAAGCGGAUACCACAUGACUUUCGUCUUCUCAAAUGUGACAACUCUACGUCCAGGAUGGUUUGUCCACAAUGCCCUCAUAACAAGAAUAACAAUUCGAGAUGUUGGCUCUAUCACUGACAUUGAACCAGGCGCAUUUGAGGACUGCACAUUUAGGUACGUGUGGAGUUUGGAACUAAGAGGAACUGCAAUCAUAUAUCUUAAGAAAGGAGCACUAGCUGGACUAAAUAAUCUGAAAUCCCUAUCAUUGUAUGCGAACAAUGAAAUGAUGGGAAUUGAAGAGAACGCUCUGUUGGGAUUGUACCAGCUGGAGGAAUUCACAAUGGAAGAACAGAAAUUGCUUUCCGAUCUCACCAAUAUUACCGAGACCAUCGAAUGGAAAUAUCUACAGUCGUUGAACUUGAGUAAAAACAGUUUUGGCUUAACAAUACUAGCGCCAAUAUUUGAGGGAUGUGCAAGGGUAAGAAACUUGAUUCUAUCAAAUUCGGAAAUUGAAGUAAUUGGAGCAAAUGCCUUUGAACCAAUGGAACAUACGAUUGAAAUUCUUGAUCUCAGCAACAAUCAACUUAAACAUCUACCAAACGGUCUGCUAGGAAAUAUGAUCCGACCAAACGUUAAGCUGUAUUUGUCCAGAAAUUUAUGGGAUUGCUCGUGCGUUGCUAAGGAAUUGCAAGAGUAUGCAAUCAAUCGCCCCUACUUGAUAGUUGAUUCUCCGCUCAUUUGUGAAACGCCUUUGUCAGAAAACGGGAACUGCAUGGAAAAUGUUUCGAUUGAAUGUUACAGCACUCCAUAUCCAUAUGAACCGACAACGGAUUCGUUGGCACCCGAUAAAAAUCUGAAUUAUUUAAGUUGCUCCGAUCAAAGCGGACCAAAUCAACCAAGCAUUGCCGUUGAAACGGAGUUUCAAUUCUUUAAAAUUAAACAGGAAGGAGACGACAAAAUUGUAGUCGAAACGAAUUAUCCGGAUUCAAGUUUGGCUCUCGUGUACGUAAACGAUCAUGACUAUCAUGCUAAAUGCCAGUACAAUCUGAAGCGAAUAAUGGAAUUCGAUUCCAUGAAUCCAAAGGCCGGCUAUUUAUUCUGUUUGAUGAAAAAAUCAUCGACUGCCACAUCACCCCGCAAUUGUCUGCCAUUUCAUUUCGAAACGAAAUUUGUUUGGGGUCGUGAUCGUAUCUUGGUCACUCUGGUAUGCUCAUUUGCUUUGGCCAUUGUCAUUGGUGUAAUAAUUGGCUGUUUAUUCAUAUGCCGCUAUCGACGUGUGUCAAGAGCAGUCUCACGACAAGAUUCCAGAUAUUCGAAAGGUCGAAAGGUCAUCGAUGAAUUUAACGCCUGGUCAGCCUAUCAGCACAGAAAGUUUUUCAUGCAUCCCGAAUAUACUAGCAACAAAUUGAGGCGAAGUGUUUCGGAAAAUAGUUUGGAUAGCCAGAAGACUUACUUGACCCCAUCACCGGUUUUUGACGUGAUGCAACGCAGAAGCAGGAACUCGGAAAUUCGAAAUAUCGUUGACUACAGCAUGACGAAUUAUAUCGAUAAACUUCCGUAUGACAUAGGACCACCACCACCAUUGCCACCAUGCAACAACAAGAACGGCCGAAAGGAAAGUAUUUAUGCUACAAUUAUGGAUCCGCCUUUCGAUGGUGAGUACGUUCCGUACGUUUAUCUUAAGCGCAAAUAUUAGUGGAAAUGUAAACGACGAACAGAUAAAAAUUAGCCAAAAAAUUACUUUAAUCCAAGAAAUAAACUAUUUUGAAAUUGA